UGACAAAGCUGUUGGACUCACCUGCUCAGAGCCUGUCAGGUUGGUGGGAGAAGCCAGUCGCUGUGCAGGUACACUGAUGGUGAAACGAACAAAGUGGAGACCAGUGCAGGACUCUGACUGGACCCUGAAGGAAGCAGCUGCAGCGUGUGGAGAUAUGGACUGUGGCUCUGCUGUUUCAAUAGGAAGGAGAAAUAAUUCCUUAGAGGAAUCUGUAUGGUGGAUCAGAUCUGACUGUGUUCAGUCUGGAUAUGCCCUGAGGGAAUGUGCAUCAUCAAGUUCCUCUUCCUCCAUCGUGGAGCUCAUCUGCUCAGACCUGCUGGUUCAGCCAAUCAUCUCUGUGUCUUCUACAAUGAACGGGGUCUCCGAGGCCCAGCAGCAGGGGUUUCAAGUGCGUCGGGGCUCCGACUUCACCAUCAGCUGCUCCGUCCAGCCUCAGUACCCAGGAGGCUCCUUCCAGCUCACCUUCACCUCCUCCAACACAACAUACAACUACACCCAGCCAGCUGUCAAUCACUCUGCUGACUUCCUGUUUCCUGCUGCAGACCCCGCCCACCAAGGAAACUACAGCUGUGUUUAUGAAGUCAUUGUUUUUUCUCAUAACUUCUCCUCUGAGAGCCGUCUGCUGUCUCUCACUGUCACAGGCCAGCAGGGGGCAGAAGUCAGGCCCACAGGAGAACAUUGAGCUGGAUUCUUAUAAUCUCGGUGUUUCCAGAGCUGAAGA